AUGCAGGUGUCUAUCGCAUGUACUGAGCAGAACCUUCGCAGCCGGAGCAGUGAGGACCGUCUGUGUGGACCCCGGCCGGGCCCCGGGGGCGGUAACGGCGGGCCGGUCGGCGCGGGGCAUGGGAACCCUCCAGGGGGAGGAGGGUCGGGCCCUAAGGCCCGGGCCGCCGUGGUCCCCCGACCCCCAGCGCCUGCUGGGGCCCUCCGAGAGAGCACCGGCCGAGGCACUGGCAUGAAAUACAGGAACCUAGGAAAGUCUGGUCUUCGGGUAUCCUGCCUUGGCCUAGGUACCUGGGUCACAUUUGGUUCUCAGAUCUCAGAUGAGACAGCAGAGGAUGUGCUGACAGUAGCCUAUGAGCACGGUGUAAACCUGUUUGAUACCGCCGAAGUGUAUGCAGCAGGAAAGGCUGAAAGAACCCUAGGAAACAUCCUCAAGAGCAAAGGUUGGAGGAGAUCAAGCUAUGUCAUCACUACCAAGAUUUUUUGGGGAGGACAGGGAGAAACCGAGCGAGGCUUGAGCCGCAAACACAUCAUUGAAGGCUUGCGAGGAUCCCUGGAGCGCCUCCAGCUGGGAUAUGUGGACAUCAUCUUUGCCAAUCGUUUGGACCCCAACAGUCCCAUGGAGGAGAUUGUGCGAGCCAUGACCUACGUCAUCAACCAGGGCCUGGCCCUAUACUGGGGGACAUCCCGAUGGGGGGCUGCAGAAAUCAUGGAGGCCUACUCCAUGGCCAGACAGUUCAAUCUGAUCCCUCCAGUGUGUGAACAAGCUGAGCACCAUCUGUUUCAGAGAGAGAAGGUGGAGAUGCAGCUGCCAGAGCUCUACCACAAGAUUGGUUCGCAGUCCCCUCAUCCCUGCCUUUCCCUCGGCCUCACCGUCACUGAGAUCCCCUUCCCACAUCUGGUCCUCUCCGUCUUAGGUGUUGGCUCAGUCACCUGGUCCCCUCUGGCCUGUGGCCUCAUCACUAGCAAGUAUGAUGGGCGAGUCCCAGAUACCUGCAGGGUCACCAUCAAGGGCUACCAGUGGCACAAAGACAAAGUGCAAAGUGAGGAUGGCAAGAAACAACAAGCCAAAGUCAUGGACCUUCUCCCCAUCGCUCACCAGCUGGGCUGCACUGUGGCGCAGCUUGCUAUUGCGUGGUGUCUCCGCAGUGAGGGGGUCAGCUCGGUCUUGCUGGGGGUGUCCAGUGCGGAGCAGCUGGUGGAGCACCUGGGCGCCCUGCAGGUGCUGAGUCAGCUGACCCCGCAGAUGGUGAUGGAGAUAGACGGACUCCUAGGCAACAAGCCGCAUCCCAAGAAGUAG